UCUCCCAUCUCCCCCAUGGCCCUGACAAUGCUGACUGAGCUCUUCAUUGAGGACCCAAGCCCACCUAUGCUGCUGUACCAGAUUAGCAAGACUGCCAAGUUAGAUACCUUCAACUAUCAGAGCUACUUUAUGCAGGACAUCUUUGCCCAUUUCCCUGAUAUCUUAUUUAUCCACCGGACCUAUAACCCAAUGGGCAAGGUGUUAUAUACCUUCCUGGUGGAUGGCCCUCAGGUGCAGCUGGAGGGUCAUUUUGCCCGGACAGUUUACUUUGCCAUUCCUGCCAAGGAGGAUGCUGAAGGCCUGACCCAGAUGUUCCAGAUAUUCAAGAUGUUUAACCCAGCCUGGGAGAAAGUCUGUACUAUCCUGGUAGAUCCCUACUUCUUCCCUCUGCCCACCCUAGCUAUGGAGUUCCCCACAGCCGAGGUCCUGCCCUCAGCCUUCCAUAUCUGUAAGUUCCUCCAGGGCAAGUUCUAUCAGCUUUCCCUUGAACAGCCUGUGAAGCAGGUGCUCCUGACCGCCCUGCAGAGCACCAUGUGCUCAGCCACUGCUGGCAACCUGAGGAAGUUAUAUGCACUCCUGAGCAACUGCAUCCCCCCAGACCAGCUGACCAAGCUACACUUACACUGGCUGCUCAAUGACCGCAUCUGGCUGGCCCACCGUUGGAGAAGCCAAGCCGAGAGCAGCCACUACUUCCAGGGCCUGGAGGUCACCACCCGCAUCCUCAGCCAGUUCUUUGGCACCACCCCAUCUGUGGAACAAGGCAUAACCUCCCUGCUCCGAUUCGUGCAGCAGAACUCUGGAGACAAGGCAAUCUUCAGCCUGGGCCUGAGUCCCCAGAGCAAUUGUGCCCCCUCGGACGUCAGCCCCCACAGCCCCAAAGUGGAACAGUUGGUAGAAGCCUGCAUCCAGCACUCCCUCCGCACCAUCUGCACAGAGCCAGCAGCCCAGCUCUGCCUGGGUGAGCUUGCCGUGGUCCAGAAAUCUGUGCAACUCAUUGGCUCUGGCUCUGAAAAAGUGAACGUACAAAUCCUGGAAGACACCCAUAGAGUGCAGCCCCAGCCUCCUGCCAGCUGCAACUGCUACUUUAACCAGGCCUUCCACCUGCCCUGCCGCCACAUCCUGGCCAUGCUCAGCGCCCGGCACCAGGUGCUCCAGCCCAAUAUGCUGCCACCUCAGUGGACAGCAGACUCUGCUGCUAGUCUGGAUGACAUCCUGGGCAGCAAGUGGAGUGAGACCCUGGAUAAGCACUUGGCUGUGGCUCUCCUCACUGAGCAGGUGGGUCAGCUCUUACAAUACUGCAGCCAGGAGGUGUUUGAACUGCGGUACAGCACCCUGCGGGAACUGGCCGACAUCUGGAUUGGCCCUUACGAGCAGGUCCAGCUGUGAUUACCCUGUGCUGAGAGAUGCUCAUACACAGGUACACACAUCCUCCCCUACACACACACUCACACGGUUGUACUUCCCUGGACCCUCCCUCCAGGACAAAACAGGCCUUCUAUUGCCUCCUGCUCCCUACAAUAUGUCUAGUUUUCUAAGACGGGAGUCAGCAAACCUUUUCUACAAAGGGCCCGACAGUAAAUAUUUUAGGCUUUGCUGGCCAUAUACAGUCUAUUGUACUUAGUUUUGGUUUUGUUUGUUUGUUCUUUUUACAACCUUUUGAAAAGGUAAAAACUAUUCUUAGCUCAAGGGCCUUACAAAAACAGGUGACCCCUGCUCUGAGAGAAGAGGUACAGACAGAGAUCACGGUCUGGGAUGAGAUAAUGCUCCUGACUCCCAGAGGAAGAGGCCCCUCAGAGGACCUGGUGCAGCCAGGUUCCCAGUCUUUUUACUACCCCGGCCCCAUCCUGAGGUCAUUAAAGUUGAAUGUUGCCUACUUUA